AGGGCCUGGGGGGCUCCCCCAUAGCCCUGGGGCAGGGCCUGGGGGGCUCCCCAUUAGCCCUGGGGCCAGCCCCGGGGGGGUCCCCCCUAGAUAGGGGGCCAGGCCCUGAGAAGUGCCCCAUAACAAUGGGUCCGGACCCCAAAGGCCUACCCCUAGCUAUGGGGCAGGGCCUGGGGGGCUCCCCCCUAGCCAUGGGGCAGGGCCUGGGGGGCUCCCCAUUAGCUAUGGGGCCAGCCCUGGGGGGUUCCCCCUUAGAUAGGGGGCCAGGCCCUACGAACUGCCCCCUAGCCAUGGGGCAGGACCCCUUAGACACCCCCCUAGCCAUGGGGCCAGGUCCCCAAGGCUCCCCCCUAGCCAUGGGGCAGAGCCUGAGGGGCUCCCCUGUACAUAUGGGGGGCUCCCCCAUAGAGAGGGGUCAAGACCCAAAGGGGACCCCCCCAGCGGAGGGUGCCAGGCUGGAGUUGCAAGGCCUGGCCCCACUGAAGCCCCCCAACCCCGGCCUGGCUGGCUCGGGCUGCCCCACACCAUGGACCCACGGAGAGCUGUCACCCAUGGGUGCUGAGAGGAGCUGUCAUCGUGGAGGAGACCCCAACGGGGGGCGGAACGGAGCCAGGAGAAGCCCCCCAGGACCUGAGGUGCCCACCCUUCUCGUCGCCAUGGCCUACUGCUACCUCAGGGACCACCACUCCAAGGAAGAUGCUCUGCUGGAAGCUGCGAGGAUCAACAACGUUUCGGAAGUCAACCGGUUGGUGGUGGAAGGGGCCGACGUCAACGCCAGGCACAGGCUGGGCUGGACCCCUCUGAUGGUGGCCGCAAUCAGCAGAAACUCCAGUGUGGUGAAGAUCCUCCUCGCAGCUAACGCCGAUCCCAACCUGGGCGACGAUUUCAGCAACGUCUACGAGACCGCCAAGGAGAAAGGCCUCCACUCUUUGGAAGUCCUGGUGACCAGGGAGGACGACUUCAACAACCGCUUGAACAUCCGAGCCAACUUCAAGGGCUGCACGGCCCUCCACUACGCCGUCCUGGCCGAUGACUACCUGACGGUCAAGCUGCUGCUGGAUGGAGGUGCCAACCCCCUGCAGAAGAACGAGAUGGGCCACACGCCCUUGGAUUACGCCCGGGAAGGGGAGGUCCUGGGUCUCCUACGAGCGGCGGAGACCAAGGUUACUGUUACUCUCUCCCACUGGAAAAAACUGGAGACCAGGGGCAUCUGUGAGCCCAGGGCGAUUCGGAGGAAGGAGAACGGCUGGGACGACGAGGAGCACCCCCUGGUCUUUCUUUUCCUGGGCUCCUCUGGAAUAGGGAAGACGGAGCUGGCCAAGCAGACGGCCAAGUACAUCCAUAAAGAUGUCAAAAAGGGUUUCAUCAGGCUGGACAUGUCGGAGUUCCAGGAGAGGCACGAGGUCGCCAAGUUUAUCGGCUCCCCACCGGGCUACGUUGGCCAUGAAGAGGGUGGGCAGCUGACCAAGAAGCUGAGGCAGUGCCCUAACGCCGUGGUCCUCUUCGACGAGGUCGACAAAGCCCACCCAGAUGUCCUCACCAUCAUGCUGCAGUUGUUCGAUGAGGGCAGGCUGACGGACGGGAAGGGGAAGACCAUCGACUGCAAAGAUGCCAUCUUCAUCAUGACCUCCAACGUGGCCAGCGAGGAGAUCGCCCAGCACGCCCUGCAGCUCCGGCAGGAGGCCCUGGAGAUGAGCAAGAGCAGGAUCGCCGAAAACUUAGCUCGCUGGGGGGCCAAGGCGAGGCACAACAUCACCCUCCUCUGGGACAGGGAGGUCAUGGACGUUCUGGCCGACGGCUACAACUUGCACUAUGGGGCCCGUUCCAUCAAACACGAG